GUUCACUCUGGCUUUCUGAGAAGAUUCCACACAGUCACCGAAGCACUGCGUGAAUCAAAGUUUAUGAAAACAUUUCAAAAAUGGUGGUCACUGCAAAUUCAACCAUCGAAUCCAACUUUUCAAGCUUUGACGGGAAUAUAAACAACACCACCUCAAAUGACUCUGCAUUCAGUGACAAUGCAGACCAGGUUAUCCGCUUGGUGUUAAUUGUUAUUCUUUUUAUCACCAUGGUGUCUCUUGGAUGCACAUUGGAAAUCUCAAAAAUCAAGAAUUAUCUCAUCAAACCCAAAGGGGUGGCGAUUGCAGCUGGGGCUCAAUAUGGUAUAAUGCCCCUCACAGCCUUCUGCUUUGCAAAGCUGUUUCAGUUGGGUCCUAUGGAGAGCAUAUCUGUGUUAAUUUGUGGGUGCUGUCCGGGAGGAAACCUCUCCAACAUCUUUGCUCUGGCUCUCCAGGGAGACAUGAACCUCAGUAUUGUGAUGACUACUUGUUCCACGGCACUGGGAUUGGGUAUGAUGCCACUCCUGCUCUAUCUGUACAGCCAGGGUUUCUCAAACCUGGCACAAUUUGUUCCUUUCACUUACAUCACUUUUGCCCUGAUUAUGAUCCUGGUGCCCUGCGGUAUUGGGAUCUUGAUCAACUACCGAGUGCCCCAGUAUUCUAAGAUCAUCACCAAGGUUGGGUUAACACUCCUGCUGAUCUCAUGUGUUGUCAUUGGGGUUCUUGCUGGUAUGUCUGAUGGAGGAAAAAUUUUCACAGUGCUGUCUCGUCAACUUAUAGCCACAGCUGCAUUGAUGCCAUUGACUGGAUUCAUAUGUGGAUAUAUCCUGUCCACUCUGUUCAGGAUGAAUGCACCUUGCAGACGGACUGUUUCUAUGGAGGUGGGCUGUCAGAACAUCCAGCUGUGUACCACAAUCCUGAAGGUGGCCUUUCCUGCUGAGCUCAUUGGUCAGCUGUAUUUCUUCCCCGUCAUCUACAUUGUGUUCCAGAUAGUCGAGGCCCUUAUUUUGAUAUUCCUGUUCAGAUGCCAUCAGAGACUGAGACCAUCCCAACAAGAAACGAAAGAGUACACAGCAGUGGAAAGAGCAGCUGAAGAAACUAAUGGGCCCUCUAACAGUGUUAUCUGAGGACCCCAUAGUGCUUAUAAAGCUCAAAAUGGACUCAAGGAAUUUGGGACCAAAGUACCACAGAUGCUGUGACCACGGGGAAACUACAUAUUUUGUUGUUCCUCCUUGAAAAACAUAUGCAUAAUGCCGAAUAGUCAGU